CAGUGAGACACAAUGCUUCUUGACAGUGUCAGUGAAAGAGCUCCACUCAGAAAGACAGCCUCGUCUACUAUUCUGCUCUCAAAGCAGCAAACAAAAGAAAACUAACUAUACAAACAGCACAUAUUACGAAAGUCGUCACUACUGAAGUUUCUGAGAGAGAAAGAGAGAGAGAGAGAGAGAGACAUGGCACACCGUCCAACAGCCCGAGUUCUCCUCAGCGGCGUGGCAGCUUUCAGAAAUGUUGCCACCCAGCAGGUGAGGCAGAUAUGCACUAAGAACUGCAUCAACUGCAAGACCACCAGAUCUCUGAGUCUUGCAUCCAAAGCCUGGCAACAGCAUCAGGUGCAGGAGGCAGUCGAGUUGCCAGUUCCAGGCGUCCCAAUCACCUCUACCCAAGUGAGCAAAGAUUCGGUGACCGUCAAAUUCGGUGAUGGCAGCGAGAGCCCGAUGCCCUACGUGUGGCUGAGGGAUAACUGUCGGUGCCCCGACUGCUACAGCAAUGAAGCCCUGGGCAGGAAAUACCUCCUGACUGACCUCGACGUUGACGUCCAAGCUUCUGAUAUUCAGAGUAAUGAUGAGGUACUGAACAUCAAGUGGAGUGACGGGCAUGUAUCCGAAUACCCAGCAGAAUGGCUCCAUGCCAGGGCAUUCACGCCAACAGCCAGAGCCCUCAGGAGGAGAGUUUAUGCUCUACCGAGGGAACCCUGGGGCUCCAACCACAAGCUGCGAGAAUUCGAUUACGAGUCCAUGAAGAGGGACGAUAAAGUCCUCUUGGAAUGGCUCCUAACUAUGGAGACUCAAGGAUCAGCAAUGCUCAAGAAUGUACCAGAUAGAGACGUCGCAGGACCCGAGAUGAUCGAACACAUCGCAUUUGUCAAACAGUCCCAUUAUGGACCCCAUUCUCCAGUGAUCAACAGACCAAACACCAACAACGUCGCUUUCACCAACGCAAAAUUGGGGAUGCACAAUGACCUUCCUCAGUACGAGCAAAUGCCCGGGAUCAUCUUCAUCCACUGCUUGAAGCAGCACGUCGGCACCGGAGGUGAGAGCGUCGUUGCAGAUGGGCUCUUUGGCGCCGAGCUCCUCCGGAAGGAACACCCGGAGGCCUUCCAGAUCCUGACCACCACCGACUCAUACUUCUGGGACAAAGGGCACGCCAACUUUUCCUGGGAGAUGGACGAGUUCCACAAGAUUUCCAAGUUCCCCAUCAUCACACUCAACAGUAACCAAGAGGUCACUCGCGUUGCUGUCAACAACGCCAUCCGGGACUCCUACCUCGACCUGCCAUCGAAUAAGGUCAAGAAAUUCUACGAGGCUUUGAAGCUCUUCAACGACAUCCUUUACGCCAACUCCUCCACUUUCAAGAUGGACUCCGGCGACCUGAUGACUCUGGACAACGUGCGGUGCCUUCACGGCCGUGAAGGCUACGAAGCCUUCAGCGACCGGCACAUCGAGUCUUCUUACCUCGACUGGGAUGAGGCUCGAUGCCGCCGGAGGAGAAUCCAAGAGAAACUAGGCCUACUCCGGACUGUCUGAGGCCUAAGCUUCCUCUCCCACGUGGUUAAAUUAUUCCUAUUGAUGUUCAAAGAAGCAUUUAAAGACAAAUUUCUCAAUAAACGAUUUAGUAAAUAAAAUGUAUCUCAAGAUAUUACGAUAAAUGGUUUAAGAUGGAGAAUAUUUUGAGUAUAUAUUUAGUUUUCGUGAUCUUUUUAAUUGUAACCUUGCUUCAUAAUUAUUCUUUUAUUCUUCACAACUUCUUUGUUAUUGAAUUUUUCUAAUACUUUGAAACGCUGGACUUACGACCUGACCACAAAAUGUUUGAUAACAAUACUUUAAGCUCUCCUUGCAUAAAACAGAAUUAAUUUCUAUCUAUUUUGUUCUAAAAGUCAUAUAUUGAUAAUGCGUAUUUAUAUCACUUCAUGCACUCUGUUACAUAUAUCAUCGUACAUUACAUUCAUGUUCCAUUGUAGAAGUAUAGCAAUUAUUUUUAGAGGAAUAUAGUAUUUAGUUAUUGUGAUAAUCGAAAAAGAAUAUUGUAUUGUUCAAUAGUAUACACUAAUAAUUUAUUUUUGUAAUGUUUCGACGAAUAAUAAAAUUUAAAUGAA